AUGAAACCAAAUUCGGAGAUUGAUGGCUCUGAGAACAAAAGAGAAGGACUAAGGUAUAUAACGCAGGCGGUGUUCCAGCUACUUAGGGAGAACAGGGCCUGCACAUAUUCAUUCAUAUGCAAGAAUAUUGUGUUUCCUAACACUGAGACACUCAACAGAAGGAUAUACGAUGUCUUGAAUGUAAUGAAAGCAGUGGGAUUGGUCUCCAAAAGAGGCAAAAGAUACUUCUUAGUAGACGAUGCGUGCGAUGCUGAUAGAAGAAAGGAGGAAGCGAAGAAACUAAUGGAGAUGAAGAAAGUAUUUAAAUUCAUUGUGAAUAGAAACUCUACCACGGAAGACACUCACCUCGAAAGAUUGUACUUGCCGUUCAUGGUCGUGAGCACAAGUAAGAAGGCGGAUAUCCAUUGUGAAACCAACGAAGAGAGAAACUUCUUUGUGUUCAAAUCGACUAAGCCUCUCAAGGUCAAUGAGGAUUUGGAUAUAUUGCGUGAGAUAUAUGAAAAGGCACAUUCCAAAGAAAAAGCAAUGGAUUUUUCGAUAGUAGACAGGCUUAGCAGCGAGAGGCUUGAGUGCUUUGAAGAGAAUGGGUAUCGGCGUGAGGGACUAGAUCCGGAUGCAUUCUUUUUUAGCUUCUAA